UAAUGUUGACGAUUGACAACAUCGACAACCCAGAUAAAAAUUAAAGCUCAUCCUAUCAAAAGGGAUGCUGUUAAUCAUGUGGCCUGUGUUCCUAUUCUUGAGUAUACUCACCCCACCCAUUUGGGCCGAUUUUGAAGACACGCCCUCCACCGAUGGCCAGUUCAAUCUGGAAGUGGAGCAUUCCCUGGACGCGGGUCAAUCGUUCCAGGACCGCGGUCUCCUGACCGUCCAUUCCAUUCGUUCGAAAUCGUUCUCCUCGGACCCCACGGAUCUCACCUCGGAACAAAAAGCCCAAUUAAAGACGCUCUGUGACCAAGGUGAUCUCUAUCUAUUGCGAAUCAAGGCCACCAAUCCGGCCACCAGUCAGAGCAGCCUUCAUCGAUCCGUGGCGGAUCCGUGCUUGAUGAUCGCCAACGCUUUUCAAGACACGUUCACGUUACAUUUGGAUUGGAAGAGUCAGCUGGUGAGCCUGUCAGUCAUGCCCACACCCACACCGGGUCAGGCGUCUUUGGGCAGUCUGAGGGAUCACUUCCAGACCAAAGUGGCCGUACAGCUGAUGGAGGCGGGCCCGCAACCCGAUACUUCGGCCUUUAUUCAGAAAGUGGAGCAAGAGAAAUUGGCCCAGCAACGUGGAGAAACCAAGGACAAUCGGUCCUUCCUGGCCAAAUAUUGGAUGUAUAUUGUACCCGUGGUCUUGAUGUUGGCCAUGAGCUCGGCUAAUCCGGAAGGCCAAGGCGGAGGGCGAUGAGGAGGAGAGGGUGCACGAAUUCAUGGUUACAUUGUUACGGAUGAAUGAGCAGGGAGAAUUGAUGAUUGAAUUUAAUAACAAUAAUAAUAGUAUAAAAUGCGGAAUGUUAAAUGAAUCCUGUGCGCUCGA